UGCUUUUCCCCACACUCUACUCCAUUCCCGCAUUUGGAGGACCAGGUGUUGUCAUUAAGCAACUAGCAUGGGAUACUGCAAGCAAUGCGGCGAAAUUGUCCGUGAACCGAGCGGAGUCUGUGCCCCAUGUGGAACAAAAGCUGUCGACGCAGUUGACAGCGGCCUGUCGGCAAAAGAUAACCGUGGGGACAUUUAUUCAAAUGCAUAUCUCAGUAGCGGUCUUAAUGCGGGCGUUGAGAAGGGACUAAGGAAAAUGCUUGGAGAUGAGAAUACCUCCGUGAACGAAAUAUGUAUUGAAUGCGGGCGAAAACUAACAAAGCAUGAGGACGUAUUUGUCGGGCCGACGCAUGCCGGAGAGCAUGUGUACUGCGAAGCAUGCUAUGGGAAACACUUUAAAAAGGGAGACUGCGAAAAGUGUCGGAGGCCAGUUCUGGGGCUGGGAAAAGAAUAUGUGUCGCAGGAAGGGAGAAUAUGGCACAAGGAAUGUUUUGAUGCCGGCAAGAGUUGUGCUGAAUGCUUCAAGGUCAUCUUUGGGCAGGGUGUUGAGGCACUGAACAAGUAUUAUCAUCCAAGCUGUUUCAAGUGCUUCAAUUGCCAUUCUGUAAUCGAUGGCUCCUUUUUGGAUUUCAACGGAGAACCUUGUUGUCGUCCAUGUCAUGAGAAGAUCAAGUCUGCGAGACCAUCUGCUGCUGUCAAGGCAACGCCCACUCCAGCUCCAAAGACAGUGCCUGUAGAUGAUAACAGUGCCGCUCUGAAAGAGUUUGCCGAAAGGAAAGACGUUCCAGACCUUCAUGUACGCUGUGAUAAGUGUUUCGAGGUGGUCAGACAUGGAGGAAUACAACUUCCGACUGGGCAGCUACUCCAUGAAGCAUGCUUCACAUGCUCCGAGUGCGGAAAAGGCAUCAAUGGCAAAUAUAUAGUCGAUGAAGGCAAAAUCUGGCAUCCCGAGUGCCGAGUACUGGUGGUUAGUGCCAACUCCAAUCUACAAUGUAUUAGAUGUGGAAAGCCAGUUUCUGGUCGCUUUGUUAAACUGGAUGGGAGCGUGUGUCACAGUGAGGAUUUCAGUGCUUUACCUGCACCACAUGUAAAACCCCACUCGCUGGACGGCCCUUUGGGGAUUCGCCGUCCGGGCCAACCUGCGAGUCUUGCCUUAAGAAGGGCGGUCCAAGAACCUUCACACCAGGUUUCACCGUCAAUCAAGCGGGCCUUAAAGAACUGCGCGGCCCCGGGGGCGUGAAGCUUGGCGACAAUGAAGCAUUAAAGAGCCUGGGCGGUUCCAGUACGUGUCCUGCAUGCGGCAAGGCCGUGUACAUGUCUGAUCAAGUGCCUGGUCCGCUGAAUACAAAAUGGCAUCGGGCCUGCUUGCGAUGUUCUACCUGUAAGACGCAGGUUGAUAGCAUGGCUAAAAUGAGAGAGGUAAAGCCAUUUUGCUCAAAAUGCUUUGAUAAGAUAAAGUAGGAAAGCAAGUCGAUAGACUCUGCCAUAUGUAUAGGAUAAAGGAGAGUAAGAGUAUUUUUACAAUCAGACUCUUCUACGAUUCCUCUGAUUGGAUAUGUAACAGCUUUCCACUGCGUCCAGAAAAACCCCCGCCCACGGAUUGACUACUCAAAUAUAUUUUGAGCCAUCUCAUAGCUGCCCACACGUCGGUAGCGCCAGGGACACCACCAGCAACCAAGUCCUCAUAGGCACCUCCGGUCACAAGGCCAUCAGUUUGGUACCGCAAGCGGUGAUCGUCAUCAUCCUCUUGAGAAUGUGUGUGAAAGUAGGACGAAUAACGCCACGUGAAUGGGGAAAGGGAGGCUACGCUCGGCGGCUUUGAGUGUAAGCUGCUCAAACUCCCGUCAGCAGAGCCCUGCAGAGAAGGAAACGUAAAUCGCGAACUGAGGUGCCGGGGUGCUCUCACAGAACUUUGGACGUCGCUCGCAAACUCUGGCGCAUUCAACCUGGGUGGAAGGGAUAUGAAACUGGGCUUGUUUGUCCGACUAAAGCCUGGAGCCACCUCUUCAUUACUCUGGGGUUGCUGCUCUUGAUGAAGGGUUUGUAUAGAGUCUUUUACGUACGAGGACGAUCGGCUCAAAGACACGUCCGUUCCGUAAUCAUCUGCAUCGCCUGCGUUGCCACAGGCAGUAUUGCGUGGAUGGCUUUCCGGAGCAACCAUGAUUUUGUAGCUAGAUCCUUCGGACUGCAUUGCUUGCCCUCCAUCCUCAGCAGCAAGAGCCAUACACAUUGGAUUUCGGUCGCUCGAUGGGUUGCCGGAUUGAUCGUUCUCGCCUUGGAUGUGAAUUACCACCAUAUCCGGGUUCUCAAUGGCUUUGGAUGAGCUGACUUUGUUUGUAUUCGCUGAUGACUCCGUGGCCAUUCUAUCUCCCCCUUGUCCUGUGCCCUUCGUUCCGGUAUCUCCCUCUACCUGAUGUUCAUGUGCGAAUCCCACCAAAUCGCUAUCCGUCUCUCGCGCAAGUGCACGCCCAUGCCGUUCAGGAAAACACCGAAAGUAAUGCGUGGCUUCAAAUGUCUGCAAUUCUACCAUUUUGAACCCAGGAGGUGGAAGGAAGGGAAUUCCCAAGCGAUGCUGGAGAUAUGUAAAGAGAAUAAUGUCAACACUGUUGGAGUCGGAGGAAUAAACAUACGAUUCGAAUGGGAUGCGAGCUAUCCAAUUUUGAUCGAAAUCGGUAUCAGAAUGACUACCCUCCGACUGUGAAAGAGGGGAACGUGGCAGCCCAGAUGAGGAUGUAGCCGGCGUUACAUUGUCGUUAAACUUGAAACCAGCGUGGCGACGUAGACAAAGAAUAUCGCUGGGGGAUGUCAAGGACGAGAAGGGGAGUCGGGAAGACUUGAAUGAGGUCAGCUUGGCUGAUAAACUCCCCUCUUCAGAGGGAUGGGCGACCCCAAGCUGCCCCAAGGCAUUCAGUAUUUCCACGGCAGGCGCUGGCUGCUCCCCUUGGGCUUCCGCUUGCGCUUGCUGAGAAGCAUACGUCUUCAGAAGCUGGCUCAUAUCACCCCUACUUUUUCUCAGCUCGUUAAACGCGUCGGACGAUAUUGGGAUAAGAGGAAGAGAAGACCGAUUCCGCUCUGCAACCAUGAUCCUUAAACCUCGUAAAGAGGAUAUCACGACCAUUAAACCAACAUGCUGCCCGCGCGGGAUAGGACUAAAGUGAUUAUGCACAUAAGAAGGGAUGUCGUCAAUGACACUUUGUGUGUGCUCGGGCUCUACUCCCAAAUCGGCCGCAAGACGCGGGAGAACAUGCACAACAUCCGACCACCGAAACCCUUUGCCAGCCAAGAGAUCUGCCCGAUGCGGGGAAACUUGGUCCACUAUCAGCGCUACCCAUCCGUCCUGAGUUUCGAGCAGACAAUCGUACAAGGCUCCCAUUAAUUGAAAUCUUAUACCGAGCAUGGUGGAAAGUGUUGUUACUGCGUGAAUGAGGGCAAGUCGGUGGAACGACGAAGGCGUACUAGUACUGCCACUUGUAGAACUUCCUUCAGUCUGCGCAGGGGAGGAAUAAUCCUGAGUCUGGCGAACAAGCUUUUGUAUCAGCAACAUUGUACCAAGCUGAGACACUUUGUGCGGCGAGGAUCCGUAAAGGCUACCCACCGUCAAGAGUUUUUCAAUCCUGCGCGAGUUCUUGCGGAACGCUGCGGCUAGCCUUCCCAAUCUUCCCCAAGCACAGCUGACUUUCAAGAGCCAUAGUAGAGCGGGCGAGAGGGGGCUUUUGAGACUUAUAUCAAACUCUCCUGUGACAGGGCGGUUAGGGAGUUUCCCGUCAAUAUCAACAAGCACUUGGCCCUCUCGGUUGAGUAAAAGGCAGGCCAAUGUCAGUUGCUGUCCACGCUGUGAGCCACCGUACGAGAACGCAUGGAUGCGUCGUGCUGCAAGCGCAGCUAGCAAAAGACCCGUGACCACUGAGAAGCCUGCUCCA